UAUCAUCACGUAUUAUCACGUAUUACAGGAAUCAAUGGGAGAUGCCAAAUCCAUGUCUCAUUCUCGCCUGACCCUGUUUGAAACGAAAUGUCAAGCUUGUGGCAAUUUCAGGCAACACAUGAGUAAUACGCUAACCAUGGGUUAAAAAAUGUAACAAGCUGCACGCGGGAGGAUUUGCUCAAUGGCCCGAAGAACCAGCUGGGCACUGCUUCUUUGUUGUUUUUCAAAUAAAUGGCUGGGGGAUGCUGGGGGUUUUGAUGAAUGUUCUCCUUUCCUGAAUUCCACAAGGCCUUGAAUGGCUUGCAAUCUGAUCCCAUUGCAUGCAAAUAAGAGAUAGCCAGCGUGCUAAGCACGUGCUGGUCUUGUAGAUUCAGAAUUAGCUGCCAGCUUUGGUUGAUGAUUCAUGAUGAUUCCGCACACCUGCAAACACUAAGAGUGCGUGCGGCCGUUUGCGGAGCUUGUUUACUUUCAUCACAUCUCCGGAAUUAGUGAUGUUGUAUUUCGAUAGAGUGGUACACAAUCCAUUGUGUGCCCUGCGAACAAUGUCGUCAAGUGUCGAAAACAAGCGCUUGCAAAGUCCCAGUGCAACUGGAGGCUGCGGCUAUGGGUUGACUCCUGUCAUGGCAACUCCAAGAACCUUCACGAACUUAGGCAGUUUGUGGAGGUACUUGCCGCGAAUUCACACAAAACCAGAGCUCUUGGAGGAGAUGUCCAAAGAGGGUGUUGAAGCAGUCGUGCUGCUGGCACGGCACAAUGCAUGUGAUCAAUGCAGCGUGGCUGAGAAAACCUUCGCUGCUGCUGCAAAAGAGAUUCAACGUGUUGCGAAGACCACGAAGGUGAAGAAGAUGGACCGUCUACGACGCAGCCUAACCUUGCGCGUUGUGGACCUGAAAGCGGCACGCCAACUAAGACGGCAUUUGCAAGGCCAUGGACCCGGUUUAAAGUGCGCCCCGACGCCACGAGAGUGUCGCUACUACGUCUUCUCACAAGCAGGAGGUUUGGCGCCUGUCCCCAUUCGUGGCGGUCACGAUGAGGCGGUCUUGCUGGAGAACCUGAAGCUCAUUGCGCGCCCACAGUUUUUUGAGGUCAGCGGACCCUUGGAGCCACGGUCUUCUACGCGUAGCCGGGUGGUUCUGCGCAACGAUGCCUCAGAAACCGAAAGGCAAGCAGCGCAUCAGCAGCGGUUGAGGCUUGACGUUGGCGUGGCCAAGGCUGAAGCCCAUGAUUUGUUGGGCCUUGCCCAGCCACGGGCUCUGGCAUGGCGCGGGGGUGAGGAAGAGCUCAGAUACUUCGAUGGUGGAAACUUCACCGUGUGGCUACAAAAUGUGGCAUUGCCCUGUGUGGGAGAUGUCAAAAGCUUUACAGACGAAGAGCCUUACGAGGAUUUGUCUCUACCCAUAGCUCGACUUUAUUUGGAUGGCGGCCAGUUGGAUAUCAUCGCCAAAAAGGUGUUGUGCCGCCUCUCUGGCGACUUCUUUGGACAGAUGACCUUCAUGGCCAAAAAUGCUUCGCAAGGCUCCAGCGAUUGGCGUCAGCAUGGCCUACCGCCAGGAAACUUCCCAGCAGUUGCUGCAGCCAGUGGUCCAGCUUUCAACGCCUCGAAGUUUGCCUUCUUGGAAAUGCCCAAGAAGCAGUCUGAGGACUUCUGGAAAAGUGCACAUGGAGUCCUUUCCGAUUUCUUCAAGGCAGUACUUGCAGGGAGGCUUGAACCGUCUAAAAUGAGCGAAAAUCCUAUUGAAGAUGACGAGGAGCCUCCGGUGGGAAGCGUGCGAAAGCUGGUUGGCAGGCGUUGCCGAGAAGUGGUGGAGGAGAGUCCCUCUGAAGUUCUGAUAGAGGGUUUUGAUGAGUGGCGCCGAGACCAUCCCAGACGGACCUUGCAGCUGGAUCUCCUUUCGCCAAUGUUAGCGGAAUGGAAUAUCACCGUCUACAGGUUGGACUUUGGUGCCAAUGAGUGUCCGUCGGACGUCCUGAGAAGCAUCUCUGCGGGAUAUUCUGGCUACUUCUUCGCGCACGCACACGCAAGGCAGGGCCAUUUCCAAUCAUUCAAUCAUCAUCAAUCAUCCAGGUUUGGAUGA